AUAUAAAAAUAAUUGAAUAUAAUAUUACGGCAAUUUUUAACUGCAACAAUUAGUACUUAGUAUCAAAUCAUACCGUACUGAGAUGUCUGGAUAUUUACCGGUAACCUUAAAAGGUUCAAAUUUACGUGAACGGCACCGCUAUCUGAAUUCUUUAGUUACUAAAGCGUAUGACGAAAAUGUUUCUAUCCAAGAGAUCAUCUCUCUACCAGAAAUAUCACCAAUAGACCGAAUAUUUAAAAUUGACCUCGCUUCCAAGUAUAAAUAUGUUGAAUACAUUUUACAAAACCUUAAAGAUGACGAUAUGCUAUUUGUGAGCAGAUCACUCAAAUGUCAUUGGCUUCUUGAACCGAAAUAUUGCGACAUAAUAAGUCCCUUAUAUUUGGAGAAUGUUCUUUAUCCAGAAAUGAUCCAACCUGCUGUAAAUAAAAUGAAACACUGGUUGCAAUUAAACUUAAAACACUCGGAAAGGUCUCAGGAGUUCUACAAAUAUUACAAGUCUGAUAUUGGUGUAGCUAUAAAGUUUUUUUGGCAUUGUUCCAACGAAUUUAUAUUGGAUGAAUUACCGAAUAUAAUAGACAAAUUGACGCCAGUGCAAGUGAAAUUGCUCUUCGAGAUCUGUCCUUCUGCUUGUACGCUGUAUUUUAAGAUUUUACCGAACAAUCGCACGGCGCUGGCGCGUUAUGUAAAAGAUGAAUGUAAUUACUUCAAAUGUGUUAAAUAUUUACUAAAAUAUGAUGGAAACUCAUUUUUAGACAUUGUUGAGAAACAUUUUAAUACAACUAAGCUGGAUCCUUUCGGCCCAUCAUCGACCGAAUUCAUAAUGAAACACUAUAAAAGUAGAGUUUUAGCCAAAAUCGAGUUAUAUGCGUCAUCAUUCCUUAAUAUCAAAACUUUGGCUGCUUGUUUGUCCAGCGAUGAAGCUAAUGAAAUUAUUUUACAACUUGCUCGAGCCGAUUAUCUUGCGAACUGGUUUUCUUACCAGAAAGUAGAACCACUAUUUAAGCGCUUGAAUACAAAAGACCGAACACUUCUAAAAAAACAAAUUUUUGUGGAUAAAAAUUUCGGUGCUAAAGUUGCCGAAUGGCCUUAUUCAUUACCGACGCCUUUAAAUCUCGAAGAAGACUAUUAUCUACUUGAUCCUGUGAAAUUAGCACCUGCUUUAACCGGUUGCCGUUUUACGAAGAGUAUAAAAAAAAGAAAAUAUAGCCGCUAUUCUUGUCAAAUAGUCAGCAUGGAAAAGUCUCAAUUAGAUAAAUUAUUCAAUCGCUACCGAUUUACAGGCUUCGAAGGAACAUUUCAAGAAUUAAGCAAGAAGUUAUUAGGCGAAAGCACUAUCGAAGGGAGAUUAAACAUUAUGUUGGUUCUUGUGAGUAAAAGUGGUGGUGUUUCGGAACAAGUUGAAAAGUUACUUAAGUUUUUAGUAGAGAAACACAAAAACGAACCAAACACACUGCGAGCAGCGGUAAUAAGAUCUCUUGUGAAACGGGAACGUGUGUGGUGUGCACAAGAUCAAGCCUGGGUCUAUUUGUUAGAGUUUGGGCGAGAUUUAGGACUUGAUGGUUCAUCUACUGAACUUAUUUGCCGAGAAGGACUCCAUGCUGUCAUUAUUAGACACUUAUUAAAUAAUAUUCCUAUCUCAAAACAUUUGCUGUCGGGUUUUCUACGGUAUUUCUCAACUCUGUCUGAAUACAAAUUGAAUGUACAAGAAAAAGCGCUAAUUGCAAAACGAUUACCACUUCAACUUUUGACUUUAAGCCCUGUUGCCUUUUUGGAUAUUCUGGGAGAAUAUAAGGUUUCUAUUGAGGAAUUUCCUGAUGCUAUACCUAUACUUGCCAAAGCAGCAUCUGACGAACCUGAUUUGCUGAGUAGAUUAUACGACGCAAAAUUGUUGCGACGUGAACUCUUCCAUGAAAACUUCAGAAUUAAACCUACAGGUGCUAUGUAUUUAAAUGCUUUGCGACAUGAUGUGAAACCCCUCGAAGGUGGUAAGAGCUUAGCGGUAUUAGCCUCUAAACAGCGCACAAAUCAUGAUAGAUUCCUUCAAUGUUUAAGUGUGUACUUUAGUGAAUCUGGUGGCUUAGCAGAACAGCACAGAUUAAUGUUAGAGGAAGCUUUACAAAAAGAUCAUAAAACGUGGUUAGUUCGUCCAUUAUGCACCUUAAUGACGAAUCAGUCAUUAUUCGGACGUAUUUCAGAAUUAUUAGCUCAAGCUCAAACUGAUAAUAAAAAACAAUCAAAUAUAUUAAAUGAAUUUAAAUCUAAUGCACAUAAGACUAAGCCAACUUUGGAUAUCGAUGCUAUUGAUUGGAAAAUUAUAGGAGCUAAAGCAAUUGCAAAUAAAAUGUUUAUUUGUAGAACGAAAGAUCAGGAACGAUACCUAAUGAAACUUGUGGAGUGGAGACGAACGGCUAAAAUUUUAUUAAGGUUAUCAUCUAAUACUGCAUUUGCUGCUGAGUAUUUCCUUCGUGUUUGUACUUUAAGACGUAAAGUUGCACUUAAUAUUGGUUUUUCAUUAUAUCUCAAAAAGAUUACGAUUGAUGAAUCCAUUUGGACGGCUUUGAAAUCCUUAAUUGAAAAUACAAAAAUGUCAUCCGAUAAAUCUGCUUUAUUAAAGAAGUUAGAGAAACCAAAAUCCGUUCCGAAAAAUAUAGUGGAAGAUUACUGGGUAUUCGUGUAUAAAUUAUUUUUCAAGAUUGAUAAGAAAAGGACUACGGCAUCGCUUUGUCGUCUGGAAAAUCUUCUUCCUGAAGUAGAUCGAAAAGUAAUUACUAAUAUUCUAACGGAAUUUAUUAAUAACGACCUGAGUGUCAGUAAACUAGUAAAUAGUUACGACCUCAAUACAAGAAUAUCUCUGUAUUUCCAAAUUAUAGCCAAACACUUGUUGCUUUGUAAAACUGAGGACGAACAGAAAUAUUUAAUUGAAAAUGUAUGCGAUAAAUUUUUUGAUGAACUAGAAGUUUCGUUUAAAACUAUUGACAAAAAAAAUUUACUUUUAGAAUGUUUGGACGAAUUCAUACUUUCCUUGAAAUAUACUAAAGCAUUUUUAGAGGAACAUGUCUCCCCUAUGGCGGUAUUUGAAAGAAUACUCAAUAGGUUACAUAAGAUUUUACCCAUCGAAGAAAACUUUACAAGAUACGCCGAGAUUCAUUUAACUAUGCUCUUUUAUAAAAGCAUAAAACAGACGAAUAAAUUUGAUAUAAAUACAACGGAUUCAACGAAACGCUACGAAGCUAUUGAAAUUUUGGGUAAAGUAUUUGGUAAAUACAUUGGUUACGAGAUAAAGGAGUUGGUCUCGAGAUUCUUCCGAUCUGUGCUGGACAUUUACAAAAAUAUUUUAGAAAAUUAUUUAGACAAUUACUUUCAUUUUAACUAUGCUAGGAAAUUGUUUGUUACAUUUGUAAUCAAAGGUAUUUUAGAAGUUGGUUCACAUGAGGCGAUACUUUUAGCGGAACAUAUAUUCCAGAGGAAUCAAAAAUACUGUAUUUCUGAACCACAUCGAAGUGAAAUUUUAAACGUGCUGAAAGAAUCGAACAGUGAGGUUAAAUUUUUCUUAUAUAACGAUAUUUUCAAAGCAUGA